UUGUUGUGGGACGCGACGUUCGCGUCACAGGAAUCCACAAUAAACACGGGAUUGUCUUUCUGCACUACACCGAGAGCAAACUACACGAGCAGAAAGGCUACUUUGUUCCUUUGUCCUUUUCCCAUCAGGCAUAGUGGGAAAAUAUAGCCGAGUCCCCUCCCUGUCUUGUUGCUAUUCCCCCUGAAGACCUCCACCACCUCCUUCUUCCUUGUCCUCCACCUCUUCUUCCCUCCAGCCGCCCCUGUGAUGCCUCCCUCGUGCUGUGGCUACCUGUCACAGUACACCCAUCAUCACCUGGUUGUCUUCCUCCUCACCUUCUUUAGCUAUGUGUUGCUGCAUGCGUCCAGGAAAACCUUUAGCAAUGUGAAAGUGAGCAUCUUGGCCCAGUGGACGCCGUCCAUCGAGAAUGGCAGCGCAUCCGCAUACUCCCCUGGCGAGACAUGGGAGGACAAUCGUUUAUUUGCAGAUAAAGAGCAGGCCACUCUGUUUCUGGGAGCGCUGGACUCCAUCUUCCUGUUCUCGUAUGCAGUGGGCCUGUAUCUGAGUGGUGUGAUUGGGGACAGAGUGAACCUGCGCUACUUGCUCUGCUUUGGCCUGUGUGGCUCUGCUGCUGUGGAGUUUGUGUUUGGCACUCUGACUGAAUGGCUCAAAUUCUACAACGUCUACCUGUACUGUGGCCUCUGGGUGCUGAAUGGCCUCCUGCAGUCGGCCGUCUGGCCCUGUGUGGUGGCCGUCAUGGGAAACUGGUUCGGCAAGACGGGUCGUGGCUUUGUGUUCGGCCUGUGGAGUGCUUGUGCGUCUGUAGGCAACAUCCUGGGGGCCUUCCUGGCUUCGAGUGUCCUCAAGUAUGGAUAUGAGUAUGCCUUCCUGGUGACAUCAGUGGUGCAGUUUGCUGGUGGGGUGGUGGUGUUCUUCGGCCUUCUUACAUCCCCUAAAGAAGUUGGUUUAUGCUUGGAGUCGGAGACUGGGCUCAGCCCUGUGGAGACGGACACAGACAGCCACAGGCCUUUGAUGAGCGACGAGGAGGAUGAUGCGGAGGUGGAGGUGUACGGCAGACCGUACCAUUCAGUAACACAGCCGGAUGAACCUCUGGAGGAGCCUCCAAAGGCCAUCGGAUUCUGCCAGGCGUUCUGUCUGCCUGGAGUGCUACCUUAUUCCCUGGCUUAUGCGUGUCUGAAGCUGGUCAACUACUCCUUCUUCUUCUGGCUUCCUUUCUACCUGAGCAACAACUACGGCUGGAAGGAGGCUGAGGCUGACCGCUUGUCCGUGUGGUAUGAUGUCGGAGGAAUCAUCGGUGGGACAGUUCAGGGUUUGAUUUCUGAUUUCAUGGGAAAGAGGUCUCCAGUGUUGGCUGUGAGUCUGGCUCUGGCCAUGGGAGCCCUGGUGGGAUACAGCCGCUCACCAAAUGACCAGCUGAUAAACGCAGCACUGUUGGCCACCACCGGCUUCUUCAUCGGCGGGCCGUCUAACAUGAUCAGCUCGGCCAUCGCCGCUGACCUCGGGAGGCAGGAUGCUCUGAGGGGGAGUCAGGAGGCGCUGGCUACCGUCACUGGCAUUGUGGACGGAACUGGAAGUAUAGGAGCCGCCGGGGGACAGUACCUGGUGUCCCUGAUUGAGAGCAGACUGGGCUGGACGCAUGUUUUCUACUUCUUCGUCGUCAUGACUGCGGGCAGCAUCGUGUUCAUCACGCCGCUGCUCAUCAAAGAGGUCCGAGCCAUGUGGAGGGACAGACACGCGCUGCAGCGCCAGCUAUGAAGACGCCAGGUGUAAUGUUUCUCAGUUAUCAGUGCAAGUACUGCAGGGCAGCUCAGAAGCGUGGGAGUGGUGGAAAGAUUUGAUAAAAAAUAGUUUCUCACCAACCAUCAAGAUGAGGUGGAGUUACAGAACCAGCUGCUAUACCUCCCACAACCACCAGUGGGCGUCUGUGAGCAGCCUGAGCUGAGAGAGUCUUAUCCACUCACUGAGGUUUGAAACGUAAACUUACACUUUUUUUUAGUGCCUGAUUAAAACAGGCUUUUUAAAGAGAAGCUGGUUGUCAACCAGUCUGUGAGUUCAGGCCUUGCGGAGUCUUCACAGAAUGUACUGCUGUGUAUAUUUUUAAGAUUUUAAUGGAUUGUGAAAACUAUUUAAAGUGUUGACGCUUUGAAUUGAGGUCAUCAGAUUUCCGCCUCUCAAAUCAAGAGUUCUUAGCUUAAAGCUCUCUGAGACUAUUGAGACGCUGAGAUUGCCGAAAGAUUGUGAAUAAAUUAUUGUAAAGUAGAAAUUCAUCGUCACCAUCAUCAGCCUUUUUAAGCCAUUGUAGAUAUGUAUGAUAUUUUCCUUGAUGUAAUAUUGCACUGUAGUAUAUUUUUAAGCUUUCAAGAAACAGUUUGAGGAUUUUAAUGAACCACUUAGAUUUUAGCCGAGGUUUAGGAAACUUUCAUGGAAUAACCACUUGAUUUCUCUCGUGUACAGCUUCGUGUAAUCAGGUUUAUGAACUAUACUGUAAAGCAUUAUGGGUACUAAACACGGGUCUUUCACGGAUGUGAAGCAUGCCCAUCAUUCCUUUUUUGUUUUUCAAUUUCUGUUUACGGGAAUGUUUACACCUUGAGUUGUCAUUGUCUUAAUUUACAAGUGUUCUCUUUGAAAACACACACACACACACACACACUGACAAAAAGACAACCUCCAAUUGUCUUCUUAUUUGACAUUGUCACACGUCUCACACAUUGAAAUGUAAACUGUAGACUGACAUUUGCAGAAGACAAGAAACGUCUUGCCUGUUUGUUGCAGAUUUGCACUUUUUUUUUUGUCUGGACAUCUUGACUAUGAAUAAGUGUCUCAACAUUGUGUGAUUUUUUUUUU